AUGGAGUACGAGCAGGUGGAGUACGGCCGCCGCGUCGUGACGGAGGCGAUCAUGUCACAGGACAUCAACGACUACUACGAUAUACUCUCCCCGCAGGUGCUUCUGGUCACGCACUUUCCUUACCCGUCUGCCAGUGCUGACAGCAACAUGCAGGCCGUGCAUCGAUGGGUGCAGAUGUCGGAGCGGCAGCACAUUGCCGCUGUAGACGCCGCUUCUGCAGCCGCUGCCGCUGCCGCUGCUGCUGCUAGCUCUGCCGCCGCGGGCGGCAGAUGGAGCGUCAAUAUCAAUGCGAGAAACCAGCUCAGCGCUGCUGCCGUUGCUCCGGCACCCACCGCUGGUGCUUGUAGCGCUAGGAGUCAGAAGCGGCGUGCACGCGAGCUGUUGCAGCGUCAAGAGCAGUGGCGGAUCACACAACAGCAGCGGUACGACUCAUUCCGCAAGCUUCGCGAGCUCCAUCAUAGCUGCGUCGCGGACGAGGGUGACGGGGACAACGACGUAGGUGGCACUGGAAGCACAGAAGGGGCCGCCAGGGACGGCAACGAUGGUGCGGUUGCCAUUAGUGAGCAGUGUGCUGCCGAUGGUCGCGGUGCGCCGGCUGCACCGCAGCCGCAGCAACAACAAACCAGGACAGACAAGCAGCGUCGAGGAGAACCCUUUGCCAAGGCGACCUCAGCACGCGAUCACGCCUCCAACGGUGGCGGAAGCGCCGCUGCCGCUGCGGCCGCACGUGCUGCCGACGGUGUGCACUGGUUCCAGCAGCAGCAAGUGCGGGCGCAGUUGCAGCCACCAGAGCAGCGCACAAGGCCAAGCACUUUCCUGUCUUCGGAUGCGUCCGAGGUGUCUGCUGCUGCUGCUGCCGCCGCCGCCGCCGCCACCGCAGCGCAGAAGCGGCCCGCGUCCCGCGGCAACCCGAUCGCGUAUGAGGACGCCGUCACUAUAACAGAAGGCAAGCUGCUCGUCUCGUACCGCUUCUUCCAGCUGUUGCACUGGAUCGUCUCCUCAGACGGCAAGACGGCGCCCCCGGCCCGCAUCGCCCCCAUCGAGGUCGACAUCCAGCUGCGCAAGGACAUUCUACAGGAAGCGGAGGUGCUAGCCCCGCCACCGGCCCCGACAACGGUGCAAGAGGCGUACAGCCAGCUUGGUCAGCAGUUCACAGAGCGCAACCAGCCGCUUAGCUGCGUGCGCAUUGUCUGGGGCACCGACCACCUCCUCUUUGAUGACAAGAUCUUCCUCGACGACGGCCUCAUCGUCACAAUUCACCGCAGGAUGCUGACGGUGGCCGAGGUGCUCACCCGCGUGGCGCCGGCCGUAUCGUCGCCCCCGAAGACACUGCGCGAGCUGCCGCCAGCGCCGCUGUCGUCGCCGCAGACGCGUCUGUCUGAGAAGGGCAGUGCCGCAUCUCUCCCCGCGGGAAAGGGUGGCCUCGCGCGUAAGCGUGAGCAGCAGCUCUCGGCAGCGCGCUCCGAGCAGGUUUACCACGCCGUCGAGGUGUUUUACGGGGUAACGGCCACCCGCGUCGACGCGUGCAGUAACGCAUGGGCACUCCUGGACUUCUCCUUCGUCAAGGCGACGGAGCCGUCGAUGCUGCUACGGCUGACACCCGUCUCAGGGCACGUGCACGUCAACCGGCUACCUCGCGCCGCCGCUGAUCCCCGGCUCUCCCAGGGCAUCUUCCUCAACCAAGAGAACGACCCCACCAAACCCCAACAGGCGGGCUCGAGCCGCACGCUCAUCAAGGCACGCAACAAGUAUGGAGAGGAGGAGGCGUACGAGUUCCAGACCCAGCGGCACGGCUGCUUCUACGAGGAUGGCUCCGGCCGCGGCGCCGGGGGCGGUGAUGAAGGCGCUUCACAGCGCAACGGGAACAGAGCCUUGGGAGGCGACGGCGGCGCCGGUGCGGCGCGGUAUGAUGCGUCGUGCGUUCGGGUUUCGGGCUGCCACAUGCAGGCAAAGAUGGAUCAGCUUGUGCCGGUGCUGCGCCGCCUUGUUGUGAACUGCCUGCUCACGCUGCACACACUGGACCUCAGCCAGAACAACAUAUCGUCCCUGCCAGACCUAAGCUUGCUGCCGCUGCAGAGCCUGAGGCUGCACGGCAACGCCAUCGCUGACUGGCGCGUUGUCGAGGCCAGAAUAGCACCGCUGCCGUACCUCGGCGUCCUCACCCUGCACGGCAACCCGAUCGCGGAGGACACGGAGAUAGAAGCCGUAGCCGGUAACAGCAGCAAGACGGCCGCGCAGGAGGCGCACUGCGCGGGCACCGUCGGCAAAGCCGCCAAGGGGGGCCGAGCCGACGGCGACUCGAAUUACUGGAAGCGACUGCUGGCGCUGCUGUUGCGUAGCCCGGAUCGCGUGGCGCCGCUGCGGCAGGUCGACUUCGUGACCCUCACAGGGCAAGACUACAACAUGGCAGGUGCGUACGAGAUGUUCGUGAGGGGUCAGACGGGCCUGUUGGCCAAGGCGCGGUCGAUGAUGGGCAGCCGUACGCAGACAAAGCCGGCAGGCGCGACGACGAAGCCGUCGUCGAAGGGCGCGCAUGUCGUGGCGGGGAGUGGGUGA